CAGAGCUCCCACAGCUCAGCGGUCACCAUGUCCCAGACCCAAACACCGAAGGUGCGCGUGACCCUCUUCUGCAUCCUGGUGGGCAGCGUGUUGACCAUGGUGGCCGUGGUGACCGAUCACUGGGCCGUGCUGAGCCCCCACCUGGAGCAGCACAACGCCACCUGCGAGGCGGCCCACUUCGGCCUCUGGAGGAUUUGCACCACGCGCGUCGCCGUGGACAACAGGGAGGACAAGAAUUGCGAGCGCGUCACGCGGUCAGGGGAGAAGAACUGCUCCUACUUCCGGCAUUUCAACCCAGGCGAGAGCUCGGAGAUCUUUGAAUUUACCACUCAGAAGGAGUACAGCAUCUCAGCGGCGGCCAUCGCCAUCUUCAGCCUCGGCUUCAUCAUCGUGGGCUCCAUCUGUGCACUCCUGUCCUUCGGCAAUAAGCGCGAUUACUUGCUGAGGCCGGCUUCCAUGUUCUAUGCCUUUGCAGGACUCUGCCUCGUGGUCUCGGUGGAGGUCAUGAGGCAGUCGGUGAAACGCAUGAUUGACAGCGAGGACACAGUCUGGAUCGAGUAUUACUAUUCGUGGUCCUUCACCUGCGCCUGCGCAGCCUUCAUCCUGCUCUUCCUCGGUGGGCUGGCUCUCCUGCUCUUCUCCCUGCCUCGAAUGCCCCAGAACCCCUGGGAGUCCUGCAUGGACGCAGAGCCUGAGCACUAGCCUCCAGAAGCCGCCCCCAGCCCAGAACCUGGAGAGAGGAGCCCGGAGUUCAUGGAAUGCCCUGCCCCUCUCCACACUCGUCACAGGCUGCUGCUCCCUCACGCCCCCCCUCCCCAGCUCCUCGCGGGGUGGUGACGAGGCCUUCUGCCGACACAGCACGUGGACACGACCCAGACCUGCCCAGGGUCAGCUGGAACAGGGCCAGCAGGUGCGCAGACAUCUGGGGCCGCUCCCGCUAGCACCCGCUUCAGCUCAAGGCCUCCCCCUGUGCCCGCUGUCUUUGACAAGCUGCUCCUGGUCAACUUUCCAAACCUUCC